UCUUCCUCCCUACUCCUCCUCUCUGCCGCUUCCUCCUCCUGUUGGGACUCCGAUCGGCUGCAGAGCAGCAGGAGGCGCCGCGCACACCGAGCUGCGAGCUCUGCAUCGGGACGCAGCGCUGCGGCUCGUCCCGCCUGGACAUGGCGCAGAUAAGGAAACUCGGCGCUGCUGAGCUCAACUCUAAACUUCAUGGAAUCAUCUAAUGACUCCAACCUUUCAUAAUUUGAGACUGCUCUCCUGUCAGGCUUUUGUUUUCGUUUUGAACGGCCGCUGCAGCAGCAGCCAUGGUGGAUGCAGCAGAGUGGGUGAAGGUGAUGUGCCGCUUCAGGCCCCUGAACGAGGCCGAAAUCACAAGAGGAGACAAAUACAUCCCCAAGUUUAAGGAGGACGACACCGUGGUGAUAACCGGCAAGCCGUACGUGUUCGACCGCGUUCUGCCGCCAAACACAACACAGGAGCAAGUUUAUGAGCAGUGUGCCAAACAGAUCGUCAAAGAUGUACUGGGUGGAUACAACGGGACGAUCUUCGCUUACGGACAGACAUCUUCUGGAAAGACCCACACCAUGGAGGGCAAACUGCACGACCCGCAGCUGAUGGGAAUCAUCCCUCGCAUCGCGCAGGACAUCUUCGACCACAUCUACUCCAUGGACGAGAACCUGGAGUUUCACAUCAAGGUUUCUUAUUUUGAAAUCUACCUGGAUAAAAUCAGAGACCUGCUGGACGUGUCGAAGACGAACCUCGCUGUGCAUGAAGACAAGAACAGGGUGCCCUAUGUGAAGGGCUGCACUGAGCGCUUUGUGUCCAGUCCUGAGGAAGUGAUGGACGUCAUCGACGAGGGAAAGGCCAAUCGGCACGUGGCAGUGACAAACAUGAAUGAGCACAGCUCUCGCAGCCACAGCAUCUUUCUGAUCAACAUCAAGCAGGAAAACGUGGAAACGGAGAAACUGUCAGGGAAGCUUUACCUGGUGGAUCUGGCCGGCAGCGAGAAGGUCAGCAAGACCGGAGCAGAGGGGGCGGUGCUGGACGAGGCAAAAAACAUCAACAAAUCUCUGUCGGCGUUGGGGAACGUCAUCUCGGCUCUGGCUGAGGGAACGAAAACCCACGUGCCGUACAGAGACAGCAAGAUGACCCGGAUCCUGCAGGACUCCCUGGGAGGAAACUGCCGCACCACCAUCAUCAUCUGCUGGCCGUCCGUCUACAACGAGGCCGAGACCAAGUCCACGCUCAUGUUUGGACAGAGGGCGAAGACCAUCAAGAACACGGUGUGUGUGAACCUGGAGCUGACCGCAGAGGAGUGGAAGAAGAAAUAUGAGAAGGAGAAAGAGAAGAACAAGAGCCUGAAGAGCGCCAUCCAGAGGCUGGAGGCUGAACUGAACCGCUGGAGGAACGGGGAGAACGUUCCUGAGGAGGAGCGUCUGAGCUCCAAAGACCAGAGGAGCAUCGAGCAAUACGACAACACUCCCAUCAUCGACAAUCUGCCACCAGGAGGGGGCGACGUCUCCAACGAAGAGAGGAAAACGUUUGAGGAGGACAUCAGGAACCUGUACAAGCAGCUUGAUGACAAGGACGAUGAGAUCAACCAACACAGCCAACUGGCUGAGAAGCUUAAAGAGCAAAUGUUGGACCAAGAAGAGCUGCUGGCAUCUACACGGCGGGAUUAUGAGAAGAUCCAGGAGGAGCUGUGCCGGCUCCAGACGGAGAACGAUCUGGCCAAGGAGGAGGUGAAGGAGGUGCUGCAGGCACUGGAGGAGCUGGCCGUCAACUACGACCAGAAGAGCCAGGAGGUGGAGGAGCGCGAGGCGGCCAACCAGCAGCUGAUGGAGGAGCUGCAGCAGAAAACCGCUCUGCUGUCGAUGGUGCAGCGGGAGCUGAGUCAGCUGGAGGAGCUGAAUGGCCUGCAGAGGAAGAGAGCCGCCGAGGUGCUCAACCUGCUGCUGCGAGACCUGAGCGACAUCGGCGCCAUCAUUGGCACUGGCGACGCCAAGGCCGCCUCGAAUGCGGACGCGAAGGGGAACGGCUCGGCGGUGGAGGAGGAGUUCACCGUCGCUCGCCUCUACAUCAGCAAGAUGAAGGAGGUCAAGUCUCUGGUGAACCGCAGCAAGCAGCUGGAGAGCGCGCAGGCCGACGCCCACUGCAAGAUCCAGGCCAACGAGAAGGAGCUGGCGUCCUGUCAGCUGCUCAUCUCACAGCACCAGGCCAAGAUCAAGUCUCUGACCGACUACAUGCAGAACAUGGAGCAGAAGAAGAGGCAGCUGGAGGAGAGUCAGGACGCGCUGACCGAGGAGAUCGCCAAGCUGCAGGCGCACGAGAAACGACAUGAUGUGUCAAAGGAGGACCUCAACGGGUUGGAUGGAGACGAGGACGUGAAGCUCCAGAAAAGCGUGGAGGAGCAUCUGGAGAGCCACAGGGAGGCUCAUCAGAAGCAGCUCAGCCGCCUGCGGGACGAGAUCGAAGACAAGCAGAGGAUGCUGGACGAGCUGACAGAUCUAAACCAGGGUUUGUUACUGGAGCAGGAGAGACUCGCGUCUGACUAUGAGAAACUGAAGGCUGAGGACCAGGAGAAGGAGUCAAAGCUGCAGAACCUCAUUCUGUUGAAUGAACACAGAGAGCAGGCCAGAGACGACCUGAAGGGGCUGGAGGAGACGGUGGCCAAAGAACUGCAGACUUUGCACAACCUACGCAAACUGUUUGUUCAGGAUCUCACAGCUCGAGUUAAGAAGAGUGCAGAACUGGACUGUGAGGAGGGUCUUGGGAACGUCGCUCAGAAACAAAAAAUCUCUUUCUUGGAAAACAAUUUGGACCAACUCACCAAGGUCCACAAGCAGCUGGUGCGAGACAACGCAGACCUUCGCUGUGAGCUGCCCAAGUUGGAGAAGCGUCUGGCCACAGCAGAGCGAGUCAAAGCUCUGGAGAACGCCCUGAAGGAGGCUAAGGAGAACGCCAUGAGGGACCGCAAGCGCUACCAGAAAGAGGUGGACCGCAUCAAAGAGGCUGUCCGAGCCAAGAACAUGGCCAGGAGGGGCUAUUCUGCUCAGAUCGCGAAGCCCAUCAGGCCGGGCCACCAUCCAGUAUCAUCUCCCAUCAUCAGCACCACCAGAACUGGAGGAAUCUACACUCACAACUGAAACAUUAACAGCAAGUAAACCUAUUGUAUCACUUUGCCGCAUGUUGACAACCAAUCUCACCUGGAUUCACAAGCCACGCCCCUUUCCUUGGAGCACCAAUGGGAGGCUUUCAAGACACAAAGAAUGUCUGACGUUUUCCGUGAUCCAACACCAGAUUCUUCACACGCAGUGAUUAGUGUAGGAAGACAUAUUUGAAAUUAUGCAACAAAGUUAUUUUUAAAGUCAAAAUAAACCUGCUCCAUGUUUUUCUAAGAAUAUUUUGCUGUUUAAACCAGAAUGCAGAACUGAUAUUUCAGGCCAAAUAAAUGUAAUUUGAGUUGUUCUACAUUAAACCCACAGUCAGUUUCUUAAUCUGUGGCAAAUACCAUCUGGGACCUGAUUGUUAUCCUGACCAUAGGGGUCCAAUUUGAAGUGCUAUUAUUUAUUAUUUACCAUUUUGUGAAAUAUGCAUUUUCAUGUCAGUCAGGUAAUUAUAAACCCUGUAUUGUUAAUUAGUACAUCAUACAUAUAGCAUAUAUGAUGCAGUUUUUUCCUAUUUCUUUCUUUAAUGACACACUUCCACCCCUCCUAGAUGAAUUAGAUGAAUCAGUUCAUUUCUACAGCAGGUAGAGAAAAGAGAGAACCAGCAGGACACUGACCAUCCAAUCAGAUGUUCUCCUGACUGAAAGUGGGAUAAUAUCUCUUCUCUGCGGUAGGUUGGGUUUUUAAAGCUCUUCUUAACCUCUUAAAAUAUCCUGAUUAAACAAAUGAAUCAAAUCUACUUUAGAAUAUUUUAUCUCCAAGUUUCUGAAAACAUGAUCAAUGGCACUUUGAUCAGAAAAACAACAUAUUUCUGUCCAUGAAUGUACAAAAACAACAACCAAAUAACAAAUGUAAUAGCAUGGAUGAGAGCUUGUAACAAAGUCACAAAACAAAAGAUUUGCCUCAUUGUUCUAAUGGAUGUUAUUGGUUUAAUUAACUGACUCCUUUAUUUUCCUGACAGAUGUAUAAUUUGUCUGAAUAAACCUGCAAAUAAACAUAUUUAACGUCA